AUGAGGAGACAAUCAUGGCACUUUCUUGACCCACCAAUCAAAAACAAGUGGAGGAAAAAUCAAGAGGCUUUUGGAGGAUUUGAAGAAGGGAAAAAUAGCAGAUUCACCAGGACACUGCCAAAUGUGACAGCUACACACCAAUGGAACUUGAGAGUGAGAAGGAAUGACCUGGCUCCCAGUCGUCCCGAGCACCAGCUAACCAACUCCACAAAUCUGAGACUCCUGUGGAAUUGGACACAAAGGAUGCACCCGAUCUUUCAUCUGGGAAACUAG